GACUAUCUCGGCUGACAGACAACGGUUUGGGGACACGAGCAGCCCUAAUUUGCUUGGCUAAUUACUACGGCGAGAGUUUGGUUGACUGGAUCCUCGCAUCCGGUCAUAUGACGGCUAUUGGCCUUUAGUUUUCCAGGUCCCAAGGUUGGCUUCGCUCUGUAGUCCUUGCACAUCCAACCUAGCCUCGAUAUCUCGAACACCCUCACAGUCUUUGCCGCGCCGCCAGCCUUCCCCAGGCCACAUCACCGUACGGAUUUAUCAGCCAAGGACAGUGCGAGAGGAAAAGUGAAAACAAGAAAAUGUCAUCGCAGCUCUACGACUGGCUCGUGCAGCUCCCUGACAAGCCCGACGUGCUGACAACCCGGCUGGCCCACGUAGGCGAACACCUGAGCCACACGAGACCAUACGUGGACGCGGGAACGAUUGUGGUGGGCGGCAUGACGCUGUCGUCGCAGCCCAAGACCCCGGCGGCGGGCCCUCUCCCGGUAACGGGGAGCGCCAUGAUGUUCAGGACCGCGACCGAGGAGGAGGUAUGGAAAAUCUUGAGGGAGGAUCCGUUUGCCAAAGCUGGCGUCUGGGACCUAGAGAGGGCUACCAUCACGCCGUAUAAGUGCGCGGUACGGAGGCCCCUGUAGAGCUACCUUCCCCGGCUCUCUCGCAGGGAUUGGAGGAACGACAAUGGCGCUACGAUGGUUGGGUGUAGGUGUUGGGUUGCUGGGCUAGAGUUCACGGUUGUAAAGAAUAUAUCUAUG